GGGCCCUCAUAUUCCAUAGGUUAGGCCCAAAAGCCUAAGCCAUUUCGGAACUAAACCCUACAUAUAAAUUUUUGUGUGAUACGUUGAGGAGAAGGUGAAGGAAGAAGGCGAAAAUGCAGAUAUUCGUGAAAACUCUGACCGGUAAAACGAUAACGCUGGAAGUUGAAUCCAGCGAUACCAUCGAUAAUGUUAAAGCUAAGAUACAGGACAAGGAAGGAAUUCCACCGGAUCAGCAAAGACUGAUUUUUGCUGGUAAGCAGCUUGAGGAUGGCCGAACUUUGGCUGACUACAACAUCCAGAAAGAAUCAACUUUACAUCUGGUGCUGAGGCUUCGUGGUGGAAUCAUUGAGCCAUCUUUGAUGGCUUUGGCUAGGAAAUACAAUCAGGAGAAGAUGAUAUGCCGCAAGUGCUAUGCGCGGUUGCAUCCUCGUGCUGUCAACUGCCGCAAGAAGAAGUGUGGACACAGCAACCAGUUGAGGCCUAAGAAGAAGAUUAAGUAGAUACUGAAUAGUUGCUUGGAUAUUCUUAUCGAAAAAUAUCGUACUCCGAUUUAUUUUUGGCUUUCCUGGUCUUUUUACCGUUGAGAGAUUUUGAUUGACUUGUAUUUGAGAGGUAUAUGAAGAUUUUUUGCUACUUCGAUAGUUCUUGCAGAUGUCCAUUUCUUUAUCAGUAUUUAGCUUUAUGUUUUUUAAGAUCAAAUCGUGUCAUAGUAUUUACUAAUUUGCUGUGUUUUA